CGGAGCCUCGGUAAUGGUACCACGACGUCACACGGGGUAUAAAAUCCCCCCUUCUCGAGUAUUUAGCAGCAGAAUCCUGACCGGAGAUCGCAGCUGUUGUACAAUUGAAGCGUAGAACCGAAGGAAAGUUGAGUUGCAAUGGCACGUACCAAGCAGACUGCCCGUAAAUCCACUGGUGGAAAAGCACCAAGGAAACAGCUGGCUACCAAAGCAGCCAGGAAGAGUGCGCCCUCUACUGGGGGUGUCAAGAAGCCCCACAGAUACAGGCCAGGCACAGUCGCUCUGAGAGAAAUCCGCAGAUACCAGAAGUCCACGGAGCUGCUGAUCCGCAAGCUUCCCUUCCAGCGUCUCGUGAGGGAGAUCGCGCAGGACUUCAAGACUGACCUGAGGUUCCAGAGUGCCGCCAUCGGGGCUCUUCAGGAAGCCAGUGAAGCUUAUCUGGUUGGUCUGUUUGAGGACACCAACUUGUGUGCCAUCCAUGCCAAGAGAGUGACCAUCAUGCCCAAGGAUAUCCAGCUUGCCCGGAGAAUCAGAGGGGAACGUGCUUAAAUGGCACUCCCUUGCCCCCCCCCCCCACUUUCUUUUUUUUCUUUUUUUCUUAAACUAUCUGCAAGACUUUGGGCAAAACCAUUUAAUUUUUUUUUUUAAAACUCUUAUUGAACUGAUACUGCCCUCAUGAGUAGGUUGAAGUUGUAUUUUGUAUGUUAUGUUAGUAUUGAUAGAAAAAAAGAUAGUGGUUUUCAGUGCAGAAGUAGCAAGUGUUUUGUAAAACAUUCCUUCAAACUCGCUCAGGUUUUUAAACAAAUAGGUUUGUAUCAAAUUGUAAUACAUCUGGCUCAUUCUGUGUUAGCUGGAAUGUGUAGUCUGCAUGCAAUGAAGGGGAUAACUUAUUAGACUUGUAAUUUUUCUUUUUUUUAUAUAUAUUCUUUGCAUUGUGGUGACUUAAUUGGGUUGUAAAUAAACUUUCCACUACCUCA